AUGACAUUCUCUUCAAGUCUUUCUUACUUUUUCUUUUUUCGAAAAAAUCUCUUUUGUUUCUUUUUUCCUACAAAUCGAUUUCUUUCACUUCAAAUUUAUUUUUCUUUCAUUCUUUCUUUCUUUCUUUCUUUCUUUUUUUUUAAAAUUACUUUCUCUUCUAGUCUUUCCUACAAAUCGCAUUCUUUUACUUCAAAUCUUUCUUUUUUUGAAUUUUUAAUUUUUCUUUUUCUAAUUUUUCUUUUUCUCAAAAUCUGUUUCUUCCUUCUUUCCUUUCUUUCUUUCUUUCUUUUUAAAGUACAUUCUCUUGUAGUCUUUCUUUUUUCCUACAAAUCGAUUUCUUUCACUUCAAUCUUUCCUACAAAUCGAAUUCUUUCACUUCAAACCUUUCUUUCUUUCUUUCUUUCUUUCUUUCUUUCUUUCAAUUUUCGACCCAAAACUGCUACCCCAUCUUCCCUUCACUAUCUAACGCGUUCUUUCAUUACGCAUACCGUUUUCAUACCGUUUCCCCCUCCUCGCCAACAACGUACUCUUUCUAGCAUUCCCCACCCACCCACCGAUGUGGCCAACUGUCACUGCCACCAUCCCCUGCUUCUGAACUUUCCCUCCUCUUCUAACCGAACCAUUGCCAACGGGAUAUUUUUUCCCUGUUCCCUGAAAAGUUAUGGAGAUGCGCAAUGUAGACAAACAGUAAAAAAAAUCAAUAUCUGUGCUGCAGCAUCAUGUGCUUGUUAUCUGUCGGGACAGUCACGAGGGUGUGGCGUCUGGCCAGCAUCGGGAUGCGUCGGAAAGGGGUGGAGACAGAAAGAUGGUGAGAUAGAUAGAUACAGAAAUUUUGACGCUUGCUAA